AUGAUUGCCUCGACACUCUUUCCCACUAUCUUGUCCGUAGGGCUACUAGGCCUUCAGAUCUCUGCUAGUCCUAUCGCUAGUUCUCGACUACACACAAGUCUUCAACCCAUCCGAGAAGAUGACUUGUCCUCUGAGGUGUUCAGGCUCAAUGAUUUCCAGAGGAGAUCUGUUGAAGACUCUAUGGACAAUGUAAUUGAGCUAUUACCUAUUAACGAAGACGAUUUAAUUCCUCCUCAUUUGAGGAAGAGAUCGGAUGACCUCUCGAGAUUAGACCUCAAGGAAAACGUUAAAAUGAUCUACGGCGGUGUCGUCUCAAAAUCCCAAAUCUACCUGGCUAACAUGACCCUAUACCAGCCUGAUGAUGGCCACCCAUUGAUUAUGAUGGAAAGAUUCGAUGGCCUUCUUAAAGAUGUCUAUUGCGGUACUCAGAGCAUUACGCUAGACUUCCACCAUAAGGAUGCAAUGGACUAUGCUAUCAAAACUUGGGACUGGGUUAACGAGGAUACGGAAGACCAUUUCUUCUUGAUUGCCAAUCACCCUGGAUGUGGUCAAGAUGCCCAACGAAACCCGUACAAAGUCGCCAAGGUCCAGUAUGACCAGGAGACAUUCCGAACUGUUCUCACCACUGAAGCUAUUGAAUGGAAUACCCUGGCAAGCGACUUCGACAUUAGUCUCGGAAGCGCAAAUGUCGAGAAACGUGUUACUAAGCGUGAGCUUAAGAGCUCUGACAUCACAAAACGAGGAUUCUUUGACAUCUUCACCAACUUCGAUUUCGGAAGGUCCGUCUACUGGGAUCUUACUGUCGGCGACAAGACCACCCGAAAGACUAUCAUGUCCGAUCCCUUCAAGAGCUAUGGCAAAGUCGACAUUAAUUGCGUUGGUUGUCGUCUUUCUGGUGGGCUUCAGGUCACCGGUUAUGUCAAAGUCGUCAAGUUCGCUGUUAAGGAACUCUACAUUGGUGCCAAACCCAAGAACCUUCGUGGAACAGUUGGACUCGAAACUAUCCUCCGUGCUGCCAUCCCUCCAGGUCUACUCAGGGUUGAUGCGACUCUCUUCUCUUUGGGAAUUCCCGGCCUAAGCAUCCCCAAGAUCUUCCUUCUCGGACCAUCCCUCCAAUAUGAAGUCGGGGCUGGUUUCGGCUCCGAAGGUGUCGGUAACCUAACCGUUGGUGCUGAUGUAGCUAUUCCCGACAGCGCUGCUUUGUAUGCCGACCUUUUGGAUCUUUCUAAAUCCGAAGCAAAUGGAUUCGAAGGAACAACUAUGGACCCUUUCAUCAGCCUCAACAGUGUCGCCGUCACUGCUUCUGCAAUGGUCUACUCCAAGCCACUCAUUGCCUUUGGUGUUAAAGUCCUUGAUAAAAUUGGUGUUGAAUGUGCUCUCGAAAUCAGCUUGCCUAUGCUAAAUGCCGAUUUCAAGGCCGGCUAUAACAAGGAAGGCUUCUGCCCAGAUGAUUCGAAGUUGGACAACAGAGCUGUUACCACUGGUGUCAGGGCGUCCUCUGCUGCAAAUAUUGAGCUAUGGUUCAAGGCUGGAAAGUACAGUGGGAUCCCGAACAUCCUACCAAGCUUCAACAAGAAACUCUGGGGUACUAGAUUGCCAAUUGGAGAAGUUUGCUUUCCAAUUCCAUUCGGUGGCCCCGGCCCAGUGAUCCCAGACGAGCCAAUUCCAAACCAUCCAGCCGGCGCCCUUGAUGCCCCAGCUGAGAACAUGUAA